UACCAAUGUAUUUAGGAACGCAUUCCAAGGGUUCAUUUUUCUAUCCUUGUCGCUAUCGAGCUCGGCGCCGUCACGUCGGUGCGAUUUCACAUAAACAUCUCUCCGUGGCCGACUCGACGGAGCUUCAGGCGCAAGUAUAUUUUCGAAGCCAGGCUCACCGACGGGAACGAGCUCAGUGAAGACGGAAUAACACGAACAAUGGCUGCGGCAGGAAGUACGAACGCCGGUACAAUUUUGCAGAAACUCGGCCUCAAGCCGAUCACGAAAUGUAGCCUUGUCAGAUUUUAUGUCCCGGCUUUCGGUGUCGCUUCGUACACCGCGUUGUCCGUCAAUGUGAUGUACCCGAGUCUUGUCGUCAGACUAUUUCCAAAGAAAGAUGUCACAAACUUUUUAUUGGGCGGUGCUCUCGUUGGCACUGGCUUGCAUAUAUAUAAUCGAGAACAUAUGAAAAAUGCUCCUCAAUGUAUGAAAAUUGUAUAUAGUGCUGCUGGUGCUGUAUUACUAAGCUUUGGAUCAGUUCUGGUAUGGGCUGUAUUGCGAUCUAUUGUACCGCCGAAUCCUGCUUUGUGUAUAACAGCCGGUAUUGGUUCUGGUCUUGCAUUCAUUAAGGUUGGUUCUAGCUAUCUAGCUUUUGUUGACGAGCAAAUUCAGAAGAAGUAGAUCAAUAGACAUUUUGUAAUCAAUGCAACAUCAAUACGUAUUAAAUGCAUCCAAACGAAAAUUUGCAAUAAUAUAUGCAAUAGUGGAUUGAACCAAGAAUAUUAGAACAGAAAGCAACUAUUGAGUAAAGUGUUUUUAAAUGUCUACAAAUUUGUACAUUUUGUAUGGUCUUUGCUAUAUGAAUGGCCAAUUAUUAUGAGCCAGAUUAUGUUAAAUAUAAUUAUGAAUUAUUUCCUUUUUGUCCUCAUUGAUCAUUUGUGAGACUUGAAAAGUAUUCUGAGGACGCAUAGAACAAAGAUUGAAAUAUUGUUAUUUUUUCGUGAAACGUAUGAACAAUGAAAAGUGAUUUCUUAAAACACAAAAUAUACCUCACGAUAUAACAUUAGUUACCACAAACAUGUACGAAGUUCCAACUUAUUCCAAAAAUAUGGGAGAAGAGUAAGUUGAAUUCUUAAUUUAAUGUGACAUUAUGAAAUGAAUGCAUUUUUUGGGGCAUGCUACAUGCCCUUCCAACAUUUAUUUAGCAUUAGUAAUAGUAUUGAAGAUGUAUAAGUUUCUUCUGCAACCUUAAUAAAUGUACCAGAAGGAAAGAAAUUGAAACUUGAUGUAACAUACAAUUGUAGUUCUUAUUUGUGUCAGAUUAAUUUAUUGUUUAAUAAUCAGCACAUUUGAUUUGUAAGAACUCGUUUUAAUAGAAUCAAUGUUGUGAUUUUACAAAUGCACACGAGUGCACUAUAACUGGAUAAGAUUGUAUCACAUGUACAAUAAACUCUAUUAUUAAAUUGAA